UUUCUAAUAUUUGCUCAAUCGCACCCGAAAGUAAGCGAUCGAAUGACGGUCGACUGCAAUCGGUGAAAUAAUUUUCUCAAAACAACACUACCUAGUAAAGAGUAUCACCAACGGAAUGCUAGGCAUUAAUUUGAAACGCCUGAGACAGGUGGAAUUAAUUAAAAUAUAAUCCUAUGAAAAACAAUUAUAUAUCCUCCUAGCAAGAGGAAUGGGAAAAAUUAAUUUGUCGUAAGUAAUUGACAAUGGAAAAGCAAAAUACCAUCUUUAAAUUUUUAUCCGUAACUCGCUGCGCUGCACGGUUCUAUAUGCCGUUAGCUCUGUAAAUGUGAGUCCAAUGGAAUAUUUUCUUCCUAUUUUACAGUACUCUCAAAACAAAUUUAGCUUAGAUGGCAGAAGAACUGCACUAGCGAUGGCCGUCUCUGCAGUAUUCGGGAUUGUUUUUGUCUUCAUUCUGCUCGGCAAAUGAAAAAUUUAGCAUUAACUACCCAAGCGACAACCGAUGGUUCAGUAUGCGAACCUCAAAAGGGAGGCAGGAACGCCUUUCGUUUCACUAAAGCGUUGGUUGCAUUGUACUAAACACUGAAACCAAAAGGAACGAAAUGUAGCAGUGACAUGAAGACGUGUGCACGUGCACGGUAGCACCACGUGUUUAAUUGUAUCGUUUUUGCGGCCGCAGAAACCAUUGUGGAAAAGCUUGACGCUAAAAGUGGUUAGGUAAAAUUAGGCGGAAACGCAGCAGCACUUUAAGAAUUAAUAAGAGAAACAAAGAAAACGGAAGGGACGAUGAAGUUCAUGGCAAAUAUUUUAGGCAAAUCAUAACAAAAACAAAAAAGAUGACAACAUUGAUUUGUAAAAGUUGGACCCUAACGUAAAGUAACCGUUUAUUGUAAGAAGAGAUGUUCGGAGUAUCGAAAAAUGAUGAACAAAAAGCAGAAGAAAAAGGGACAUAGAGUGAGCGUGAGCGUGUGUUUAUCGAGUGCGAAAAAAUAACAUACAAAGAAAUUCUAAGUAAUAUUUUAAGGUCUAGGCUAAAACCAAUUUGGACAUAAAGAAAUGGAAAACCAUAAAGCACGAAAGAUGUGACCAGAUUCCGUGUUUAUUCACUCUUCGCUACCGACUAGUGCUGUGCUGUGUUUUGGGAAACAGAUAAUGAUUCACGAUCACCUGGAUCCAAGCCAGAGCGCAAGGACAUAAGAUAAGAACGCAAGUUGAAUGUUUUGGACAGAAAAAAUUAUUAAAUACUAACUACACCAGCGAAAACAGCAACAGCUGCCUGUAAUAAUUGGGUGAAAGGUGGAUGGUAAUCGAGAUAUUGCGAUAAGUAUGAUCUUUCGUUUCGCAUUUUAGCUACAGUUCUGUCCAUUUUCAUUCGUCAGGUAUUGGCUCGUAGAGUUUCUGUUUGUUAUUCAAUAUGGUUUAUUAGGAUUUUAAUUGGCUUUACGCUCUGUUACAGGUGCUCCUAUACGCGUAUGCAAUUACGUAUGGUAUAUUCCAAUUACCAUGACUUAUGUUCAGUUGUUUAAGUUCUGUUCAGAAGUAAGUAAGAACAAAGAAGACAUUUUUUCGAGACAUUAGAUGUGCGACGGAUCGUCAAAUUCAGAAGAUAUUCUGUUUUUAUUAUGCACUUCUUCGGAUUUCAAUCCCAUUUGAAAAAUUUUCCCUUCAAAACCAUAAAAUCAACUUAUCUCGAAACUCAUCAAUCAUUUACCGCACUAAAUCCCCAAAUACCGAACUAGUAACUGAUAGUAACCGUUAAAGGAAUCCAUCGUUCAAUUGCUACCAAUAUCCUACCAAAUGAUGAUGAUAACAGACAGUAACGGAAAGCAUGGAAACAAUAAACGCGAUUUCUUUUCUUAAUGAAAAACACUAAAUUCACUUUUUGAAGCACGUGACUCAAAGGAACUACUAAAGGCCAGGAAAGUACAGGGAACGCUUACACGUUG